UGCUCACGGGUAAACUGGAAAUACAGAGGGAGAGGGAACGUCUACAAAGUGACUGAUGUGUAUCCCUCUUGAUCGUCUUUUUAUUAAAAUUAUUUUCACCUUGACUCUUUGCCGGCCUCCGAAGCUAUGAAUGGGAGUCAGUACAUCUGGAUCCUAAAUGGCAUUUCCCUCAUGAUGACAUCUGGAGCACUGGCAGGUGUUCUUAUGCAAAAUGUGGCUCUGAGUCAAACUGCAGACCAGUCUUCAUCGUACCCUGGUGGUCCUGCCAGAAAUGCUGUUGAUGGAAACCGAGACCCAAAUUUUGCUAAAGGAUCCUGCUCACAUACCCAACAAGAGUCCAAUCCCUGGUGGAGGGUGGACCUGCAGAAUGUGUACACAGUUACUGCUGUGAUGAUAACCAACAGAAAUGAAUUUGAAAACAGGCUAGACGGUGCUGAAAUCUGGAUCGGAACCUCAUUGGAGGACAAUGGUGCCAAAAAAUCCAGGUGUGCAAUCAUCUCCCACAUUCCCAAAGGACGCACUUUCUACUUCCCAUGUAGCUCUACAGAGGGACGCUACGUCACAGUUUUUCUUCCAGGAACAGAGAAGACUCUUACUCUCUGCGAUGUCCAAGUUUUCCCUGUAGAUUAUGCUAAUGGUACGUACAUAUGAUUCAAACAAGUGUUGGAGUGCAAGAACUCUUCAGUCUAGGGCCAAGAAUAUUCAAAUCAGUCAGUAACAGAAAACAUUUUUCUAACUAAUGGUAAUCC